GAAACAAUGAUAUCGACUUUCGGGUUUAUCGUCACAAUGAAAAUUUUCAAUUUUAUUGCACAUGCAUGAUGAACAAUAAAUUAUUUUAUAUAUUGAUGUUCAUUGAAAGAGUACAGUAAAGGCAAUAUGAGAAAUCUACAUGUUUUUUGUAUUGUUGCUGUUAUUUUUAUCUCCGUCUUAAGAAAUGGAAGUCAAGCAACAAAAUCAUCAACAGGAAUUUCUUUUGGAGACUUGCAAGAGUUAUUUGUAGCUGUGGAUAAAAUUGUUGACAAUCCAGAUGAAUUCUUUGACAAAGUGAAACAGGAAUUGGAAAAGGAGAAUAUAACCUUAAGAACACUGAAUUUUCCCGACUCACCACAGUUAAGAUUUCUUGGGAUUGGAAGUAUAUUUGAUAAAGUAAAGGAUACUGUAUCUGGCAUAUUUAAUUGGGGUAGCAGCGUAGUUCCAUUUGAGACAAUAACAGCAGCUAUACUUAAAGUCUUGAGGAUAAUCUUUGGAGAAAGAAUAGCAAAUGUUACAGGCGCGAUUCACUGCUUAAUAAAGUCGUUCUUAUCUUUAUUUAUUAACUACGUUCUACCAAUGUUGAAGGUUCUCGGUUAAGUCUCUAAAAGUUAUAUAAAUUUGUUUUAUUUUACAAUAAAGUGUUUCAAAUUAA